GGAAUAAACCAAUCAUAUACGCUGUAACAGGACGCCUACGUAUAGGUAAAUCAAAGAUGGCGCUUUUGUGCCGUUAACCCUUUGUUAAAUUUGGUUUAAAAUGUAUCAAAAUAAAAGGUUAAUUGCAGUCAAUAAAUUAGAUUUCAUUUGCAACAAUAACUCAGAAACCCAUUAUGGACAGUGGAGAUCAAUAUGGACCGAAAUUACCCCCAGGUAUGGUUGUAACAACUAGAACAACGCGAAAAAGCAGUGCUCAGAGCUCUUCUAAGAAAAAGAGCAGGGUUCUGGGUCCUAGCCGUCCACCUGGUAUGCAGAAGUCUUCUGACAGUGAAGAUUUAAGUGAUGAAGGCCAGCUCACUGUGAAAAUGGAGUCUGGGAUGUCGCCAGAAUAUUCUAUUCAAGAAGAUGAUGAGGAUGAUGAUGAAGAAGAGGAUGAAGAUGAUGAGGGAGACAACCAGGCUGGUGACAUUGUAGGCCCUAUGCCAUCAGAAAUGAGUCAGGAGGGAGAGGAUGUGGUUCAAGCAGCCCAGGAGUUUGAAAGGCGGUCUAAAAGAAUGAAAGAGGAACUAACUGUGAAGGCUGAAGCUGAAGAAGGUCCAAGUAAGCGUGAAGAAUGGAUGACAGAAUUGCCACCUGAAAUGGGGAAGAAUUAUGGUCUUCAGAGUAGAACAUUUUCUAAAGGUGGAGGGUCACAAGAUGGUAAUAAAGAUAGAUCUAGUUGGACUGACACACCUAUGAUAAAAAAAGAAAAGGAGGGUAAAGGCAAAAAGCGCAAAAGAGAUGAAGAUAAGGCAGCCUUGGCUCGGGAUGAGCAAAUGCAGCAGCAGGUUGAUGACUACAAUAAAUCUAAACGUCCAGAGUCUCUUAUGGACAUGCACACAAAAAAACAAAAGAAAAAGAAGAAUUUGGCUGCUGCCACCAGUACACAAGCAGAUUCUACACAGUCAGCGGCUCCUGCUACUACUACUGCUCCAGCCCCUGUUGCACAGCCAGGAGUAACAAAUGGUCAAGCACCACAACAACAACAGCAGCAACAACAACAGCAACACAUGCAGCAAUAUUUCCAGCUGUCAGAUGAAAUCCGAGAAUCUUUGGACCUUUUAACAGAGCAGAAAAACAAUGAAUUUUACAGUAACGAGUUUAACAAUGGAGAAUAUAAUGAAGCGAAACCCCUAGCUGACCUGUUGAUGAAUCCCAAUGUGGUUAGCUACAGCCAGGAAGGUGUGACCUUCUCCCAGGCCCAGCCAGCUCUGAGCAGUCAAAUGAUUGCCCAAGCAUACAGUCAUGCCCAGCAAAUGUCAUCUACCCCAGCCUACAGUCAGGUCAUCUCAAGUACUAACUCUUACCAACAGAAUAUUCCAGCCCAGUUGGCAGGGAACAUGAAUGUGACCCUGGUAGCUUCAAAUCAAGUCCAGGACAAUUCUGCAAACCAGAACAAUCAGCAGCAGACCCAGACCAUUGAUGUCAACGGUCAGCAGGUUCAAGCUCAGGUGGCCACUCAAGGUCAGAUGACCACACAGCAGGUUCAGAACUAUGCUGAAGCAUAUGCUGCGCAAGUGAGUGCCGAGUCUGCUGUUGUGCAGCAAGGUGGUCAAGUGGUUACCUUUUCACUGGCCGGUGGUCAGAACAUGAUCAUUGCUUCACCCCACACUCAACAAGCGGGGCAGAACUAUGUCAUUCAUUCCCAUGGAGCUCAUCAUGGUCAGAAUAUUGUUAUAGCUGCUCCAGGUCAGCAGACCAUGUCUGGAAAUUUCAUUGUGAAAGCGGAAGGGGAUGAGCUUGGACAUAACAUAGUCCUAACCCAGCAAAACCUACAGCAAGCUCUGGGACAGAAUGUUGUGUUGACACAAGAUGGGCAGCUGACAACGGGUGAGAGUGUCGUACUCACUACAUCAGAUGGCCAGCAGAGACAGAUUCAAACAACCCGACAAAUCCAGCCUGCACCACAGGCUCAGCAGCAGCAUCUCCUAACUCAAGCCGGAAUUCCAAUCCAGACUAGCGGAGGGCACAUGCCUCAGGUGUCGCUAGUUCUACCCCCUGUCCACUCAUUAUUUCCACAAAUCCAGACAUCCACUGCGAAUGUUACGCCACAGGCAUUCAUUCAGUUGUGUGCCAAAAUGGAUAAGAUGAUUAAUAUGGUCAAAGAUUCACAGGCUGUCUUAUUUGAAUUGAACAAGAGGGUAGAGAGGAUUGAAACUCAUUUAUUUCCUCAUCCUGUUUCCGUCGUUGCUAACGCAGCCAACAAGAAUCUGAAAACCAAGCCAAAGCCCAUCAUCCCAGGCUCAUCAACCACGACUGUCAUGCCCAACACCACCAACACCAAUGCUGCAGUCACUAAAGCAAGUCUGAAGGCUGCCUUGUCCAACUACCUCACCAUCUCUGACUACACAGCAACGGACGAGCUCAAGCGCAGCGAUUCCAACUCUGAUCUUUUCAUACCUGUUGGAACUGUUUCGAUGGUUCAGGGGCAGGCCAUGAUGGAAGCGCCAAGCCCGAGCGACACACAAGAAACAGCAUCCAGCACUGUUCAGGAGUUGCCUUCAGAGCAGGAGUUAAUGCCUGUUGUGUUGGGUAAUGCUAAUGUUCCAACUUCAGAUAUUAAUGUCCCUAUAGUAGACAGCCAGAGCGGUAUAGCCGUCACUGUAUACGAUGAAGGAAAUGAGAACCAGAAGUUUGAACUUGGCCCUGGAAGUAGCAAGGAACCCAAUGCCCGCUUUUCCAACACGUCGUCUAAUCCUAAGACAGUCAUUCUUGAUCCUAGGUUUUGGGAGAUUUUGGUUGAAGAUUUCCAGAAAAACAUGAGUUCAGAUCAGAUAAUUUCUGCCAUGUCAUCAACACGGAAGCCUCUAGUCCGUAGCAUUGGCACCUCUGAAAUAAGCAUCUGCUCAACAGUACUAAAAGAGGCAGAAUCUGCAUGUCAAGGGCGUAGAGAGCGCUUAGCGAAAGAACUUGUGUUUCGUAUCUUUACACUGGGAGAGGUGUAUGACCGCAAUGUUUCAGGUGUUUUCUACAUCAAUGGUAAGAAAAUGGAAAACAAAAAUAAAGCUCUGGAUCCAGCUAAGAUGGCUGCUAUUCACUAUCUAGUAAUGAAGUAUCCACCAAGUGUAGUUGACAACCCUAGACUAGAGCGCCUAGUUUGGAAGAAUUGUGUUGAUAGAAUCAAUGAUGCACUCAGAAGGAUCUACAAUUGGAUCCAUAAAAUAGUGGAUGUGAAUAACAUAAUUGACAAGCUGCCUACAGACAGCAUUAUGAUGCAUUAAUGACAAACAAAAGGAAGGAAAGAACCCUGGGGUGUGUAGACACUUUAAAUAGCUGUGGCAAGAACAAUAACUUGACUACAAACUGUGAUUUAUUAAACCCCCCUAGCUGUUGAUUGUGGUGUAGGAAUAGCAGUUCAUUUUUGCUCCAUUUUCUUUCUGCAUAAUGUUUCUACAAAUACCUGAAGUAACAAAACCAAAAAUGGUUGUUUCUAGAAACUGAAGUAUUUCAUGUUUGAUUUACUAGCUUAAUGCCCAGGAGAGUGACAUAUGAAGACUGGGCAGAUGAAUUUGACUUGACUAGAUGAAUUUAUGUUUUGAGAAAUUUUUACAAGCAAGCGAUUCUCUCCUUUUACUGGAAUAAUUAUGUUAUUUCUGUCUUAUUUAUUGUGGUAUUUGUUUGUCAAGCCAAGACUGUGGUGUUGAUUGGUCUUUUUAAAUGUAUACCAAUGUGAUUUUUGUUAAAUGUAUUGGGAUCAUUUUAAAAUAGGUGUAAAUCAUUUUGUUUUAACAAGAUUGUGCAUUGCUCGCUUAUUUCUAUAGUUUAUUACCGAAUAAGUUUUAUAUUGAACUAUUGAUGAAAUAAUUCUUAAAAUGUUUAAAUGUCUGGUUGUUUAAUCAAUAUCAUACUGUUUUUAAUUCUUUAACUAAAUCAAGAACUGCACUAAAUUUCAUUGCAUUUUCUUUAGCCUCGUACAAAAAAAGGAAGAAAGUUUAAUAUUAUAUACUUAAAAUUAUUUUGAAAUUUAACGAUGACUGUAUAUAGCUUGUUAAUUGGUAGUAACAAAACUGCAUUUACCUGAUUUACCUGUUGCUGUACCAAGUAAGAGACAAAAAAAUUGUAUAUUUAAAUUAAUCUUUGUAAACUUACUUUUUUAUCAGAAAUUGUAGGCUGCUAUAGUGAUACAUAAUUAUACGCAGGAGUUCUAAAGCUCAUGUUAUAAUUUUGGUUUUAAAAUUAGUUUCAAGUUUUAAAAUGUGGCAUUGUAUUUAUCAUCUUUGGUAAUUGUUGAUCGGUAAAGGAAUAUUUUGUGCACAAUUUUUAUCAUUUCAUAAUUUUCUUUUUUAUCGGCAUAAUAUGGGAAUGAUUCUUUUAAAACUAAGGUUAUCAAUUUUAAACAUAUCUUUUUUAAUUUUCAAAUAUAUUUAGAAAUUACAUUUCAAGUAUUUUUUAGGCAAGUUAUAGUCCAAAUUGAUUAUUCUAGAUCUUGUUAAAUUGCCUUCAUUCUAAAUAAGCCUUUUGAUUAAAAAAAAUAUCCUCUGGCCGUUCAUAUCCUUUUCUAGAACAUGCUCUGAAUAUAUAGUGACAUGUUAUUGUGUUGUUUUUAUUGUAAAUAGCUUUUAUAUUUAUUGUGUUCAAUUUGUAAAUACAAUCAGUUAGAUUCUUAUUGAUGUAAUUAAUGUAUUCAUUCUGGAUAUAAUUAUUUUAAGCCAUUAAAUGUAUGUGUUCCACAGUUAAGAGUUCCAUCUCUUGAGAUGACAAUGAUUUAUAUUGUUGGAUACUUGGUAGCUUAGCAUGUAUAAAAGACAUAGAACUGCUAGUGUUUCUUUUGUGUUGUGGUUAUUUGGGGUGAUACAACAUAAUUUGUGGUUAAUGUAACAAAUUAUAAGGCAAAUCAGCGUUUUAAUCAUCUGGGGUUUUUACAUAAAAGCGGUAAUAUACCUUUAUAUAUGAUUUAAUAUUUUUUUUACUUGGAAUUCCUAAACUGAACCUUCAUGUUUAGUUUAAUUAUAAAGUGUUAACUGUUAUAAUCAUACCUUUUUUUUUAAUCUUGAAAAGACUUUUAACCAUUAUAUCAUUUUCUUCACCUGUUACUUAUUAGUUUUAACAACUUUUUCUAGUAGCUUUGUUUAAUAAUUGUAAAUCAAGUAAAAGGUCAGUGACCUUAGUGUUUUUAUAUGUACAAUUUUUAGUGGUAUGUAUAUCUAUGAUCAAAGUGGAAUAAUUAUCUUUAAGUUUAGGGAUGUUAUCUGUAGCAAUAAAUCAGUGUACGCUGUUCUUACGAGGCUAGAAGUAUUUUUUAUCACAAAUCUGGCAUUUGGUUCUCCACUCUAUUCUUUCCUAACCUUUUACAUGUGUGGGCUUUUGUACAAAGUUUAUGCUAGUGAUAUGUAUAACUUGUGGAUCUUAGCUUUUUAUUUUUGUCUUUAUAUUUGGAGUCAAUUGAUUUGACUUUAAAUUUUUUUAGAUGUAUACAUUUAUGAAGGAACCAUUUUUAAAGCAGAAGCAUCUGAAUUUACUUGUAGUUUAAGCAAAGAACUUGUGAAAAGCUGUAACCUUAUAAUAAUCACAACCAAAUAAAAGACUUAACAUCUGGCAUAAAUUCUUAAAUUAUAGACCCUUGGUUUUAAUUUUUGAUGAAUGUAACAAGCAUUUCAUUACACAGGAACUUUCCAUUUGCUCAUGUUUUUUUGUAGUGUAACUAGAAAAACAAAUUUAAUCUAUUUUUUAAAAUACAUAUUUUCCUUGUUGGUUUGUGAAGUGAUUGAUUUUGAAACAUUUGUAUCAAUUCCGUAAGGCCCUUCUCUAUACAUGUGUGCAUAUUGGUAUUUAGCCUACAACUUGGUUCUUCUCUAUACAUUUAUUUCAAUGGUCCUUUUUUUAUUUGCAUGUGCAUAUAUUUUUGUAUUGUAUCUACAAUAGAAGGCUUAUAUCAUAAAAACAAAGUAGGUCGCUGCUACCAUUGUAUUUUUUAACUACAAUAAUUGUUUUAUAUUUUAUUUUUUUAAAUUCAGGUAUGAUAUUGUACAUUAAAUUGUGAACUUGGAGAAUAUAUCUAUACGUUGCCACUAGUAUGUUGUCAUACAACUCAGAGUCCUUUUUGUUGUUGUGGUCAAUUUUUCUAUCUCCGACAUUGACAGUUUUUUUUGUGUGGGAUGCCAACUCUUGUAUCAACAAUUCAACCAAGUGAGACAUAGAUUAUUUUUCUUUCAAGUUUAUUUAUCCAUCUUUAUUUCAGAUGUUGUUUGUGCAAUUAUUGUCAGAAUUAUGUUAACACAAAUCAAUAAAGUUGUCUUGAAAUAAGGCAAAUCAUA